AUGUCCGCAGAGAGCAUGACCGCGCAGCGCCACAACGACUACGUCGGCGGCGACGCCUCCAGAGGCCGCAUCCCCGGCGCAGACAAGGCCUCCACCGGCCACCAGUACGAGGCCAUCUUCCCAAAGAGCGGCCCGCCGGGUCCGAACGGCACCGCCCACGCCAACCCCCCGCAAGAGCACCUCCCGCCCUCCACAGGCCGCGACGCGCCCCCAGCGGCCGGCGUCCCUCCCGUCGGGCCACACAUCACCCAGGUCAUCCCUGGAGACCAACUAUCAACCGGCCACCCCGCACCACCCGUAGGCCGCGGCCCCGCACACACCGACGAGGUACACCACACCGACCCUGCCGUGCACCGUAUCCAAACCGCGCGCACGACCGGGCAGCCCGUCGAGCUCGCGCCCGCGCCCGACAGCAACACCGUCGUCGACCGCGACCCGUACGCCCAGCCCACCUCGGCCGGCGACACCCUCACCGGCGCGACGUCCAAAGACGUGCACGCCCACCUGGGCCACCCCGGCUCCGGCCAGACCUCCUCCGAGCUGCACCAUGACGGCCAACACGGGCGCAAGCACGCGCCCCGCGGCGCCGACCAGUUCGGCUCCGGCGCCAUCCCCCGCGAGAUCGGCCCUGACGCUGAGGCGGAGCAGCCCGGCGAGCUGUACAAGAGCGGCACGCAGGAGCGCAGGGUGCGGUAG